AUGAAUGGAGGAAUGGAGCAUAAAACACCAGGCCACAAUGCGGUUCUUCACAAGGGACCUAAGAACUAUAAGCUUCUGAUAGAUCCAUUCCUAGUAAAGGGAGCGACGAAAGUGUAUAGAUAUGAUGGUACUGUCCCUGGUACCUCGUAUCCUUCAAUACAAUGCCGAGACCCGCGACCUCAACCGUCCAGGAUAUGGAAUAAACUAGAACCAGCAGAUUUACCGAUACCUAGGUUUAGAAUUGAUAAGAAUUAUGUUGGUGUUCCGCCACAGUUAGAAAUAACUAUUGUAAAUUUAAAUGAUAACAUCGAUAAAGCUUUCUUGUCCGACAUGAUGAAUAAAGUUGGACCUUAUGAAGAACUGACCAUAUUUUAUCAUCCGAUGACAAAUAGGCAUUUAGGAUUUGCCAGAAUUGUAUUCCAGGAUGUCAAAUAUUCCAAAAUAUGUAUUGAAAAAUAUAAUGGAAAAUCUGUCAUGGGCCAGGUACUUGAAGUGUUCCAUGAUUCAUUCGGUAAGAAGUGUCAAGAGAUGUUUGAAGAUAAAACUGUGGAGAAAAAACCCCAGCCAGUUCCAAUCAAGCCCCCUGAAGAUGCUCGAGUGGCCAAACUAGACCCAGCUCUCAGCAAGAGAUUAGAGGACAGCAAAAUAGUCGAUAAGGACCCAUACCUUCGCAAAGAUCUCGAACACAAUGACAGCAACACAAGAUGGUCAGACGAUGAAAGAGACAGAGAUUACAAACAUCGCAUCCGCAGUAGGAGUGAGAGAGACAGAGAUAUCGACAGAGAUAGAGACGGCACCAGAGAAAGAGAAAGACACAGAGAUCGCUACGCCCGUACCAGUGAACAGAGUGAGUCUUACGCCAGCGCGCAUGUUGAAAUACCGUACGCUCCAACGCCAGUAGCAUACGAUGCAUACUACCAGACACCUACCUAUGGAUACGGCUACGGGACUAGCGCCGGCGCCGUGUGGUGGGGCGACUGGAGACAACCUCACACAUCUCACCAUCACACACAUAUGUUCCUCAAGUCGGAGCAGAGCAGCAGCAGCACGUGGACGGGCGCGGGCGAGCCGACCCCCUCCCCGCGGCACACGCCCCUCGCGGCUCCUCAAACACCGCACACGCCCGCGCCCCCCACUCCUCUCCCGGAUAAGGAGGUGAAGUGUAAGCCCGAGGAGCCUCUUCCUCCGAGUACGUCUGUCGUUGGCGACCCUGAACCAAAACCGCCUCCGCCCAGCGAUGAACCCAAGAACGUGGACCUUGACACAAGGAUAGCUUUGUUGCUAAAAGGAGCCAGCGGCGGCGGGGGUCUGGCUCCUCCCUUCCUUUCCCUGGGAAUGUCCUCUGAAGAGGAAGACGAAGACAGGAAGCCGAGGAACAUACCGGACUUGGACACACACAACCCGCCCUCAGAUGAUGAAGGUUCUGUAAGUGAAGAUAGAGAGAGUAUAAUAUCAUUGAACCAGAAUAAAGAAGUUAAUCCGGAACCCUUGUCAAAUACUCCUUCACCAUACCUAUCAAGAGAUUUCUAUCUUGAAUGUCUUCAAGCGACGGUCGAGAGGAAAGCGAAAGAAGAAGAACGCAAAAAGUUCCCGCAAAUAGACAAAAUAGGUUCAGAUAUAUCGUCUUCUGAAGACGAACUACUCACUGGCGAGGAACCGCGACGUUCACCUGUUAACCCACCAGACAGAGAUCAAGAUAAUUUGGACGAUGAUCAGAUGUCUUUAUCAUCUCUGUCAUCAACGGAGGCCAAAAUCGAGGAGCAGGUCCCCGCUGAGGCGUAUUACUACCCGCCCGCACACCCGCAUUACUAUCAGGCGAUGUGGCCAACAACUGCCUAUCCUCCGGGUGCCGUGGGCGCUAUGGGGUCGGUUGCCGCUAUGGGACCCGUGGGUGCGGUGGGCGCAGUGGGCCCCGUGGGCGCUGCAUACCCAGCCGCCGGCGACAUGACAAUAUAUGCUGGUGGUUUCGCUCCCCCCGUGAUACAUAACUUCCCUCCACCACGCACCGUUACUCACGAGGAGCUCGACAACCCUUACUAUCCAACAAUCAAUAGUGUUAUAGAGCGCGUAACGACCGAGCUUAAACAAAUACUUAAGAAGGAUUUCAACAAGAAAAUGAUUGAGAGCACCGCCUUCAAGAACUUCGAGGUGUGGUGGGACGAGCAGAGUAGGAAGACGAGACAGACGGUGAAACAAACUAAAGAAGAUAUAGGACAACCAUUACAAGAUGUAUCAAAUAAGAAGGAGGAAUCGGUGGAUUCAAUAAAAUCUAUAAUGGAGUCUAGAGAUCUCGGUCUAGAUCUAGGCGGUUACAGUGUUGGUAUCGGUCUUGGUCUAAGGGCGACCAUACCAAAAAUGCCCAGUUUCAGGAAGAAGAGAAAAAUACCUUCACCUGUCGUUAUGGAUGAGGACUCCAGUAAGAGACUUAGUGAUCAGGAGGAAAUCGUCCAAAACUCUGACGAAGAGAAGGAAGUACCGACCAGUCCUCGGAAUAGGACAACCGGUUCAUAUCUGUCUACAGGCAGAAGAAGACAGUCGAGCAGUUCAUCGAGGUCUUCAUCUUCGUCGUCUUCGAGAUCAUCUUGGUCGGGCUCGGAGCGUUCAGGACGCUCUGUAAGGAAGGUCGCUCCCAGAAUAUACUCCGACACAGACGAAUCAGACCUCGAAGAUGCUGAAGUACAGCAAAUCAAGUUGGUGUCCAACAAGGAGAGACUCAGGCGAGUGUAUUCAUCGUCAUCGGACAGUGAGGAAGAAAUGAGAAGAAGAGAAAAAACUCCUAUACCGGAAGUGGAAGCAUCAGACGACCGUCUCGGUUCACCUAUCCUAUCACCGGAAGAGGAACCCAGAGAUACAAUACUCGAUCGUGUAUACUCGGACUCUGAGGAAGAGAGGGAAUACCAGGAGCGUCGUCGUCGCAACACUGAGUAUAUGGAACAGAUCGAGCGAGAGUUCCUUGAGGAACAACGUCGAGGUCAGCAGACCUCUGACACGGACGCACAGCAACAAAACGAUAGUAUAACGGAACCCAAACAAGAGAAGAGUAGAAGUAGUCCAAGCAAGAACUAUCUGAAAUCACCUGAGAAGAAUAAAAUGGCGGCUGAGGGUGAUGUUGAGGAGGGUGAAUUAAGUUCAGAAGAAGAAGCUCUAGAAGUGAGAAGAAAGAAGGAGAAGAAACAGAAGAAGAAGAUUGACAAGAGAAGGAGAGUUACGUCCGUUAGUGAUAACAGCUUCACUGAGUCUGCGAUUAGCGUUAAUGGCGUUAAAGAGGCUAGCGGUGCUGUGUCAGAGACGUCUUCGCCUCAGUCGCAGGCUUCCCAGGCGUCACAAGCCUCCCAAGUGGCCUUGGACCACUCAUACUGCCGCCCGCCGCCCGCUGAACGACCUACGACAACACAUCUACAACACGAUCACGGUUACACUUGGAUGGCUGAACCAGAACCGGAAGCGGAAUCUCCACCAGUCGUCACCGACGAAAAGAGACGAGAGAAGACAGAAAGACCGUAUAAGAGAAAACAUCAGACUAAGAAGUUAACUGAAAUUCAAAAUAAAUUAUACGACGGUCGCGACGAUUAUAACAACAAGUACUCAUCGGUGACUUUCAAGCAGCGCGAUAUAAUGGCGGAAGUGCAAGUUACGUAUGAGUUCCUCACUCGAGGGAUAGACAGAGAGGAUAUAGAAUACCUGAGGCGGGCGUACGAGGCUCUGUUAGCAGAGGACGCUCAAGGAUACUGGCUGAAUGACACACACUGGGUCGAACAUCCACCCACUGACCUUACCUACUCACCGCCCAAGAAGAAAUCCAAACGAUACAAUAACAUAUACGAGGACUUGCAAGGUCAUUCGAGCGGUUCAGCACGUACGGAAGGUUAUUAUAAGAUGGACGCCAAGUUGAAGGCGAAGUACAAGUAUCAUCACGGACGAGCGGCCGCCGUCCCUCCGCCCGAUGAUAAGAAGGCUAGCAAGAUGCAGCUGCUGUCGAGAGAGGCGCGCUCCAACCAGAGGAGACUGCUCACGGCAUUCGGAACCGACACUGACUCAGAUCUCCUCAAGUUCAAUCAGCUCAAAUUCAGGAAAAAGCAGCUCAAGUUCGCCAAAUCUGGUAUACACGACUGGGGUCUCUUUGCUCAGGAGGCGAUAGCGGCGGAUGAAAUGGUUAUCGAAUACGUCGGUCAAAUGGUCCGUCCGAUAGUAGCGGAUGUCCGCGAGGCUCACUACGAGGCCACCGGCAUCGGGUCUUCAUACCUGUUCCGUAUAGACUUGGACACUAUUAUUGAUGCAACCAAGUGCGGAAACCUGGCGCGUUUCAUCAACCAUAGCUGCAAUCCAAACUGUUACGCAAAAAUAAUAACAAUAGAAUCACAGAAGAAAAUCGUCAUAUACUCGAAACAGCCCAUAGGAGUCGACGAGGAGAUAACAUACGACUACAAGUUCCCUCUCGAAGACGAGAAGAUACCUUGCCUAUGUGGGGCGCCGCAAUGUCGUGGCUUCCUUAACUAG